AGAAAGAACUGUUGGCGACGUAACCUGCGAGUCGGAGUAACCUGCGAGUUGGAAUUGUCGAGCGUUUCGAAUCAGCGGAGAAAGGGAAAGAGAAAAGCGAAUCCCGACGCGCGAACGCUCGCUCGGCAAGUUACUUUCGAGUGCAGAGUGUUUCGAAUUUGAGAAAGAACUCGGUGUGUUUGAGGUACCGCAGGCGGGUGCGCGCGUUUUGUGAAUCAUUCUUGUAACAGGUGGGACGGGAUGGUGGCCAAAGAUCCGAAGAUGGUUACCGCGAUGGAGCUGAUGAAUCCGUAUGAAAAACCACCGAGCAUGUCGGUCAGCCAGUCUAUGAAGACCUUUCUAUACAAUCGCGAGACCGGCGCGUUUAUGGGCAGGACUGCCAGUAGUUGGGGUAAAAUUGGACUUUUUUACCUGAUAUUCUAUGGUGUUCUGGCGGCGCUCGUUGCCAUUUGUUUUUGGGGAUUCUUUCAAACACUCGAUCCAAGGAUACCGAGGUGGCAACUCGAAAGAUCUAUUAUUGGAACAAAUCCAGGAUUGGGAUUUAGACCAAUGCCACCGACAGAGAAUGUGGAGAGUACUUUGAUUUGGUACAAAGGCACUGACAACGAAAACUUCAAACACUGGGUUGAUUCACUACAAAAUUUCUUAAAAGAUUAUAUAACCCCUGGGUCUGUUCUUGGUCUUGGCGCUAACAUUAACAAAUGCGAUUAUAAUCAGCCGCCGCCACCUGGAAAAGUUUGUGAUGUUGAUGUAAAAAAUUGGUAUCCUUGCACUAAGGAGAACAGAUAUAACUACCAUAAAUCCGCUCCUUGCAUUUUCCUUAAGCUGAACAAAAUUUAUGGCUGGAGACCAGACUUUUACAACGAUACUGAACAUUUACCAGAAAAGAUGCCACUUGAUCUCAAAGAACACAUCGCUAGUCUGAAAGGGAAUAAUUCCUUACAGCUCAACACAAUCUGGGUAUCCUGCGAAGGUGAAAAUCCUGCUGAUCAGGAGAAUAUUGGACCAAUUAAUUAUUUGCCACGACGCGGUUUUCCUGGUUAUUUUUAUCCUUAUGAAAAUUCUGAAGGUUACUUGAGCCCACUAGUUGCAGUGCACUUUGUCAGACCACGAACUGGAAUUUUGAUAAAUGUCGAAUGCAAAGCGUGGGCAAAAAAUAUUAAGCAUAGUCGUAACGACAAAAUUGGUGCGGUCCAUUUUGAGCUGAUGAUAGAUUAACGAAAUCUAAAAACUGCCUUCGGCACCUUAUGCAAGUCUCUUAAAGUAACACGAGUGUCUUCGAGAGACAUUAGAGGAAGCCAUUAGGCACCUUCAUCUUCCAAAUAAUAAAAAUAUGAGCAAAUAUUUUUUCGAAGUUGACGACAUGCCGCCCGAUUGUCUGAAUGACAUUAAUUGAGUACAAAACAAAGAAGUUCUUACAAUAGACAUUUCCGAAACUUUAAAUAGUGCAUUAUGAAAAUCACAAAUUUUGAGAGAUUGCAUAUGUAUAUGCUGAAUGAAGACAUAGCGAGAAU